AUGGCCGACCAGCUCACCCAGGUAGCCGCCUUGGUUACACCCACACUACACCGUCACCACAAGAGACGCCGCUCGACAUCGACUCCACCAGGUCAAGCUGCGCUCCGUCCUGGCGCCGGCCCAUCGAACGAUGAGAACCAUCCGCCAACUACUCCACACGCACAGCGCCACUCAGAAGACACCACUAUAUAUGAGCAGAACAGGAAAGCCCGUGGGGUGAAGCGCCAACGUAUCGCUGGCGAUUUCAAUCCCGUUCACAACCCUGGCUCCCACCUUCCAUCCGACCCGAAAGAAGUGCGAGCAAAGCCCACUUCAACCACGGACCCAUCAAGCAUCGAUCCCGUCUCAGGCGGAGAUCCUCCCCACAAAAAGAUCACCGCCCUCCCCGUCGACGAUACGCUAUCUCAACCCAAGCCCAUUAUCGACACCAUAAAGCAGACCCCCCUGACACCAGGUCGAGACCGCAAGAAGAAGUUCAAAGUCUGGGAAGACGAGCCGCAGCCGUCUCAGCCUAAAUAUCCAACACCCGCCGCCGCAAAGUUGCUGCAAGAAAUCACCGACACCGGAGCUCGACACAAAUGUCGCCGUAUACCGGGCUAUAAGCCUCAGUUCCGAGCGCAAGAGGCUGAUUACUAUUAUCAUCCUAAUCUCAAGGACUUUCACUUUCCACAGGGCGUCGUUGUAUCCACUGAGGAAGUUGUCAAGGACGCGGCUGAGCUUGACGCGCCCACUGGCGGAGCGACACAGAGUAGCAAGGAUGCUCAGCCAAAGGUUACACAGUCAUUGAAGCGGAAAGCCAAUGACGAUCUUCGAGAGAGUGGUGCAGAGAAGCUAAGGAAGCUUAAUGGCCAACAGCCUUUGCCGUGGAUGGUCCAUGGCAAGAUCCGACACGACCCAGUCCAAGACUUUGCGACUAAGUACUUUACUAUAUCCAUACCGUCGCCACCCUUCGAGCUUGUGGAAGAUGUGGUCAACACAGCAGAACCGGAUAAAUUCCAGAAAGAAAUCGAUGCAGCGCUCGAAAAGGUGGAAGCUCAACAACUGCCAUCACCGAGCUCCGAGCCCGUAUCCAAGGAGGUAUUGUCGUCUCCUAUAUACUACAUCCUGAACCCAUCUAGCAUAGACCAUGUACCGGGGAACGAUGAGCCAGCCCUGGAUGAACUAGAGUCAAGAUCUCUGGAUUUAGAUGCCAUCUUGAUGGGAAUGGCACCAGAGGUUGAAUCCCGCGCUCAUGAAGCAAAUGCAUUCGAAGGGUUCGGUACCUGCAAAACACCGCCACCACAAGACGAUAAGUCCUCCGCCGGCGAGGGUAAUGCAUUCGGAGGGUUCGGUACUUGCCAGCCACCGCCACAAAUUGUUGCUGCUGCAUCUCCCACGGUCGAGAAAGACGCAUUCAAAGGAUUCGGUACCUACAAACCACCGCCACCAGAAUGUGACAAAUUCCCCAUCGUCAAUAAAGAUGCAUGCGAGGGGUUUGGUAUCUACCAAACACCGCCACAAAUCGUUGCUGCUGCACCUCAGCUCGCUCCAAAGAUUGUGACCACAGUUCCCUCUCUGAUAGACAUGAACGAUCACGCCAUCAUCAAAACGGGCGUAGCCUACAGCGAAGGCUAUGACCCAGGAAACCCACAGAACUUCAAGCACUACCUCGCCCAGUUCACCGAUCGACCUGCGGUUCCGCGACCACGAGAGCGCGAGUAUCGCCCAAUGCCCGAGCUGUUGGAGAUCGAGACUCUGAACCAGCGAUUAGACUGGGUAGUCCCGAAUGGAGCAGAAGCGCCCGAACUCUUCCGGGAGAUGCCAGCACCACCACCCCACAUCGACUCAGAGUUAGCUCGUUGUGUUCGCUUCGCCCAGUCCGACGCGCAAAGACGCGUCAACUGGCGAGCACAUCCCACCCAUGUCGCGGAAAUCAUCCAGCGCACCAACUUCUACGGAAUGGAACUGCUGGUCAGCCGAAGCGAAAUGCUCAUCUCGUCUCCUCCAACGGCAGAUGAGUUUGAGCUUGCCAUGGCAACGCGGCUGGCGCAUAUAUCCUUCGGCAUGGACACGAAGGACUACAUUGCGGCCGAUGUGCCAGCUAUCAUAGAGUACUUCAGCAAGAAUCUUCCAUCAGCGAUAAGCGUCUUCCCAACAGAAGAGGAAGACUGCUUUCGCGCCUUCACGGACUAUUAUCGCGUGAUGUUCGAGGAGGACUAUCCACCACUGAAUGGUCUCGGCUUGCCAGAAUGGCAGGUCUUACUAGACGCGGAGGAGGGCAAGCCCUCACUCAAAGCACAGACCCUACAAGGCAUCGUCCAGUCCAUCAAAGGACUGGCUUCACAGCGUAUCAGCGAUGCAGACGGGACAAAGAUCCCCAAAUAUGAGGUUUCUCACGAGAAGCCUGAAACGGGAAACGAGCAUCUGAAGAACGCUCGCCUGGAACUUGACCAGGCCCUCGGCGUGGGCAAGGACGGCCUCGACGGAGACCCACAGUGGCCCGAUCAGCUGACCAACGCCGUUUUCCCGAGCGUGAUUCAGAGCGAGGAAAUGCAUUACGAUGCAAACUCAGCGACUUACUGGAACGACACCAAAGUUCCAGGAGAACAUCCCCAUCCUUUUGUAUCCGAAGCAAAUGCAAGGGUUGAAGAUAUGCACGGCGAGUACUACGACCCAGAGGGCUGGUUUCGCACCGAUCUGAAUGCAAUGGUGUCAUGGGGUUCUGGGCUGGAUGCCAUACCCUCAGGCUUUAGCGCAGCACCAGUGGACUAUGGCGCUAUGGAGCAAUACUUCAAUUCGUCGACAUUAGACGCGUUCAACGGCGCUGAACCGGAAACGCUGUUAUAA